GCGGUGCGGAAGUGGCGGCAGCUGCGGCGCUGGGGCCGCCAUGUCACCUUUGUCUGCGGCGCGGGCGGACCUGCGGGUCUGCGCGGCGGGGACUGCGGUGAUCCUGGCGCAGCCGCUGCGUCGCUGUGGCGGGGGCUUCACCGAGCUAGCAGGUCCGCACGGAUGAAUGGACGUCCACCUGGCAAGGCAAGGCUCCCAGCGGACAAGCCAUGGAGAGUAAGAGUCUGGAAGGUCCCCAGGCAGACCUGAAGCUGGUGGCCCACCCCCGUGCCAAGAGCAAGGUGUGGAAGUACUUUGGCUUCGACACAGACGCGGACGGAUGCAUCUUGCAGUGGAAGAGGAUCUACUGCCGCAUCUGCAUGGCGCAGAUCGCCUACUCUGGAAACACCUCCAACCUGUCCUACCACCUGGAGAAGAACCACCCCGAGGAGUUCUGCGAGUUCGUCAAGAGCAACACUGAGCAGAUGCGUGAGGCCUUCGCCACUGCCUUCUCCAGACUCAAACCGGAAGCAUCCUCCCUGCAGUCUGUGCCGGACACACUGGCCACCACCACGGCCCCUGCCAAGGCCGGCCACAGCUACGAGAGCAAGAAGCAGCAGGAGCUCACAGCUGCCAUCCUGGGGCUCAUCUGCGAGGGGCUGUACCCAGCGUCCAUCGUCGAUGAGCCCACUUUCCGGGUGCUGCUGAGAACAGCCGACCCCAAGUACGAGCUCCCUAGCCGGAAAUUCUUCACCAGCAAGGCCAUUCCGCAGAAAUACGGGGAGGUGCGGGAAGCCGUGCUCAAGGAGCUGGCUGAUGCCUCGUGGUGCGGCAUCUCCACGGACACGUGGCGGAGCCACAGCCAGAACCGAGCCUACGUGACGUUGGCGGCCCAUUUCCUGGGCGUGGGCUCCCCCAGUGGCCUGUCCAUGGGCUCCCGGUGCCUGAAGACCUUCGAGGUGCCGGAAGAUAACAUGGCAGAGACCAUCACCCGUGUGCUGUACGAGGCCUUCAUUGAGUGGGGCCUCAGCACCAAGGUCUUUGGGGCCACCACCGAUGCUGGGAGGGACAUGGCAAAGGCCUGCUCCUUGCUGGACAUCCCGGUGCAGAUGCCGUGCCUCGGCCAUGCCUUCGACGUGGCCAUCCAGCAGGCCUUCCAGUUGCCCAAGCUGGCCGGGCUGCUCUCCCGGUGCCGUAGACUGGUGGAGUACUUCCAGCACUCGCCUGUGGCCAUGUGCAUCCUGUAUGAGAAGCAGAGGCAGCAGGGCGUAGCCACACCACCAUGCAUGCUCGUGAGUGACCGCGUGUGCUGGUGGGGCAGCACGCUGGCCAUGCUGCGGCGGCUCCAGGAGCAGCAGUUGGUUGUAGCGGCUGUGCUGGUGGAGGACAGCAACAACCACCACCUUAUGCUGGAGUCUGCUGAGUGGACCACUGUGGCGGGACUCGUGGACCUCCUGCAGCCCUUCCAGCAAGUGGCUGAGACACUGGCCACCUCCAGGUACCCCGCCAUCAGCAUGGUGAAGCCACUUCUGCACAUGCUUUUGAACAGCACGCUCAGUGCCAAGGACACGGACCCCAAGGAGAUCAGCAUGGCUAAGGAGGUCAUUGCCAAGGAGCUCUCCAGGACAUACCAGGACAGCCCUGAGGUGGACCUGUUCCUGAACGUGGCUACCUUCCUGGACCCACGGUACAAGAGGCUGCCCUUCCUGUCUGCUUUCAAGAGGCAGCAGGUGGAGAACCGUGUGGUGGAUGAGCUGAAGGGUCUUCUCGACAAGGCCCAGGAUGCCCACUUGGGGCCGACAGCGUCUGAGGACAAGGUCUACCCUGUACCUGAAGAGCCGCCGGCCAAGAAGCUCCCGCUGGCAUCCACACCCCCAUCCAGUACCGCCAUCCACGACCUGUUGGCUGAGAUCUUCUGCCCUGUGGACUGUGGGGAGGACCAGGAAGAGUGGCACGCCCAGGCUAUGGAGGAGCUGAGCAAUUUCAAGUCACAGAAGCUGCUCGGCCUCCACGAAGACCCCCUCAAGUGGUGGUCGGAUCGCCUAGCACUCUUCCCUGGCCUGCCCAAGGUGCUGCAGAAGUAUUGGUGCGUGGCGGCCACGCGUGUCUUUCCUGAGCGCCUCUUUGGAUCAUCGGCCAACAUGGUCAGUGCCAAGAGGAACCGCCUGGCCCCCGCGCAUGUUGAUGAGCAGAUCUUUCUCUAUGAGAAUGCCCGGAGCUCUGGGGCUGAGGGUGAACCCCAAGAUGAAGAUGAGGGCGAGUGGGGCUUGGACCAGGAGCAGGUGUUCCAGCUGGGGGAUGGCACCAAUGGCACCUUCUUUGGCAUCAGAGACACCAGCUUCUUAUAGGGACAAUGGUUUCCAAUAGCUUGAGAACUGCGAUGAAUUCAUCUUGAAAAGUCUUGUAGAAGUUGGCAGUAAGGCCAUGAGGUUCUGGAUUUGUCUGUCUGGGGAGGGUCUUUAUGAUUGAUUCUGUGUCUUGACUAAUGGGUCAGUUUAAGAUUUUCUGUGUCUUCAUGAUUCAGUUUUGGUAGUUGUGUGGCCCACGGUGGGGAUGUUUCCACUCUAAAUAUUGACUCGGCUGGCUCCAUGUUGAUCUCAGAGACAAUGCACGGCAUGUGAACUGAGACAGGUGAGAAGAAGGAAGAAGGGCAUGGCCCUGAGCAUCUUGGAGCCCACCAAAUGAAUUUUCCUCUGUGGGUUUCUCCUUAUCCUUGAGACUCAGGAGAUUAGCUCUGCACCCAGUUCCUGUCUGGCAGUUGCAAAUCCCAAACCAGAGCACGCAGAAUGUUUUUCCUCCCUGCAAUUCAUGUUCUUCCUGGGAGGGCUUUUGUUGCAGCCCUGGGCAUCGUGGAUGAAGGGGAGGAAUGCCCGGAGCUCAGGUUGGGACACAAGGAACCUCCCCCAAGCAUUGGUUAUCAUACAUGAGCUUGCUGCACGUACACAUCUUCCUUGAAAGCAGGAGGCUGCUUCCUGUGUAAACUUGGACAAGAUUGCCAUGUGCAUCUCUUAUAAAUCCCCAAGUUUUAUGGUUGGUGGUGAGAAGUGUUAAUGAGCAUAAAAUGCACACAUUUGGGUAAAAAAAUGUUGUUGUGUGUGGGAUAUCUCUGGUCAUACUGCCUGCAAAUGGUCAUCUCUAGUGUUGGCCAAAUAUUUGCUUUGUAGACACAGUCCUUCCAAGCUGUGGCAUUCUGAGCCUGUGAUUCCUGUGUCUCUUGAUGUCUGAUAUGUGCAGUUGCUUUCGGGGUGAUUGAGAAUAAGGCUUUUCAUUUUGUGACCUGCACUUGCCCAGCUCUUCACCAUUCUGAAAAGUGAGGGUGACCAAGGCAUAUCUCUUGAAUUCUGUUUUUCCACCUCAGUGACUUAGGAGGUGGUAUAGUGUUAUUUUUUUUAAUUGUUAUAUUGUUUUGGGGGCAGAGGGUCAUCAUAGGUUUUCUUUGAUAAUUUUGGAGGAAGUCAAAAGACAUUUUUCCAACAGGGGAAUUAUUUUAGAACUUGCCAGAAAGCCUGCUUUCCCUAAGAGGGACUUUGUGACUCCUGUUUUUAAAAAAUUUUUGUAACCUUUUAUUUGAGGUGUACAAACUUCAUGAAUUUCAUGUAAACAAAUUUAAUGAUUCUUCCCACGCCACCCUCCCUCCCUCCCACCCACACUCUCACCCUUCUUCCUCCUCCCUCUCCUAGUCCCAUUCUUAUUUUUUACUAAGAACUAUUUUCAAUUAACUUUAUACAUAUACAAUUAACCCUACACUAAGAGUUCAACAAAUAGUAUGAAAAACAACCAACAAAAAACCCCUUUUAUUACACAGGAAAAUGUGUGUUUCUGCAGACACCUGCCUCUCCAUGCCUCAUUUCUCAUUUUUUAAGCCUUUUCUGUGUUUUUUUUUUUUUUUUUCAUUGUUGCUUUACUCACUGACUCUUGGUGUGGGCAUUUCACGGUUGAGGUGGCUGUGUCUCAUAUCUCAAAGCCUGGGUUCAGUCCCAGCUCCACCCCCCAAAUCCAGCUUCCUGCUAAGGCGGAUCCUGGGAGGCAGCAGGUGAUGGUGCAAGUGUUCGGGUCCCUGCCACUCACCUGAGAGACCUGGAUAGAGUCCCAGUCCCUGGUUUCCGCCUGCCUAGUCUCAGCUGAGAAGACGGCCCUACAGCUGCUUUUUUUUUUUUAACUUUUAUUUAAUGAAUAUAAAUUUCCAAAGUACGACUUAUGGAUUACAAUGGCUUCCCCCUCAUACCGUCCCUCCCACCUGCAACCCUCCCCUUUCCCACUCCCUCUCCCCUUCCAUUCACAUCAAGAUUCAUUUUCGAUUCUCUUAAUAUACAGAAGAUCAGCUUAGUAUACAUUAAGUAAGGAUUUCAACAAUUUGCUCCCACACAGAAACAUAAAGUGAAAAAUAAUAGAUGAUUUUUUUAAAUGAUGAUGAAAUCAGAUCAGACCUAUUGUCAUGUUUAAUCCCAGUGAGAGUCAAGUUGGGAAUUGAUAAAUUUUUUUUUAACAGAAGAUCAGUUUAGUAUGCAUUAAGUAAAGAUUUCAACAGUUUGCACCCCCAUAGAAACACAAAGUGAAAAAUACUGUUUGAGUACUCGUUAUAGCAUUAAAUCUCAAUGUACAGCACAUUAAGGACAGAGAUCCUACAUGAGGAGUAAGUGCACCGUGACUCCUGUUGUUGACUUUACCAAUUGACACUCCUGUCUAUGGCAUCAGUAAUCUCCCUAUGCUCCAGUCAUGAGUUUCCAAGGCUAUGGAAGCCCUCUGAGUUCUCCGACUCUUGUUUAAACAAGGUCAUAGUCAAAGUGGAGGUUCUCUCCUCUCUUCAGAGAAAGGUACCUCCUUCUUUGAAGACCUGUUCUUUCCACUGGGAUCUCACUCACAGGGAUCUUUUUGCCAGAGUGUCUUGGCUUUCCAUGCCCUACAGCUGCUUUUCUCUAGAACGUUCUCGGUGGCUUCUUCCAUUCCCCAGAAGCUUGCUUUUCUUGCCUGUUGUGGCUACAACACAAUGUGGUGAACUUUGUCAGUGACUCCAAGUUCAGAUUCCCUUUCCUGUAUCCUACAGUGACCAAGCCAGGGCUCCCACAGGGUCCUUGGGGUUUCCAAGAAGCCCAAGGCAGUCACGUCCCCUAACCUGCAAUGGUUGGCUUAGCCCCUGUCAAUCUCACAAAGAAAUCCUCAUCAGACUUGGCAUCAUGGUCCCGGAGUUUUGGAUAUCCUUAAUUUCCAGAGAUACUCCCUUAAAAUUUUAAGGAGCUUAAAAAGGAUGGCAUUGUGGCAUAGUGGGCUAAGCCUCCACCUGCAGUGCCAACAUCCAAUAUGACCAUCAGGUCAUGUCUCGGCCCCUCCUCUUCUAAUCCAGCUCCCUGAUAAUAUGCCUGAGAAAGCAGCAGAAGAUGCCUAAAUGCUUGGGCCUUUGCACCCAUGUGGGAGACCCAGAGGGAGCUUCUGGCCCCUGGCUUCAGAUAGGCCCAUCUCCAGCUGUUGUGACCAUUUUCAGGAGUGAACCAGUAGACGGAUGACCUCUAUGUCUCUCCCUCUUUUUUUCUGUAACUCUACCUCUCAAAUAAACAAUCUUAAAAACAAGGACUUAAAAAGACAAAUCAGUAAAAUAUGCCCGAUGCCAUCUGCUGCAGUCAUCUAGGGAAUGAAUGGAACAACAUUGUUCAAAGCAGUGAAUGAUUUCUGUAUUAACUUCUCUGUUUCCUGGUAAAUUUUAUUAGGAAAAAAAAUUGGAAAUGAGUUUUGUAUUCCUGGAGAUUGUCUUUCAUGAGACAAAAACGUCAGCCCAGUUUUGUCUGUU